AUGUCCGAAAACACCAACAACACCACUCCUUCCACUACUACUACUACUGUGGAUACCAACUCAAGUUCCUCUUCCUCCUCUCGAAGAAGAAGAAAACAACAACCAAGUGCCCACCACUCACCACAGACACCUCAACCGUGGUCUGAACAAGCACCACAAGCACCACAGACACCACAGACCUUUCUCGAUAUUCCCACAAGCACCACCACCACCACUCCUUCCUCACCUCAACAACAACAAGGCUCUUAUGUCUCAUCACCCUCUUCUUCGGUCGUCUCUUCCCCAUCAUCUUCUUCACUCCGUACCAAUUCACUCUUUGAAGAACAACACAUUGACAUUCCAAAACUCUGUGAAAGACUUGUACAAAAUGAUCCUCUCUUGACUACAGUGGAUUUGAGUGGACAAAUUCUCUCUGUGAAUGAUGUGGCUCUUCUUUUGGAUGCUCUUCUCAAAAAUCAUUUUGUACAAACUUUGGAUUUGACACAAUGUGGAAUUAAUGAUCAGUCUGCAUCAUUUAUUGGUGAUUUUAUUGGAAUGAAUCAUCAAAGUAUUCGAAAUAUCUAUCUCGAUGGAAAUCCAUUUUGUGAUGAUGGUGUAAAUUCUCUAUUGGAUGGUUUAGAACAAAAUGUUUAUAUUACAGAUAUGACUGUCAAUGAAAAUGUCAUUGCACAAGAAUUUAUCGAUGAAAUGGAAAAGUAUUUGGAACGUAAUGCUCAAGAGUAA